AUUCUACAAGUUAAGGAGCACUUUCGUAAUUUAACGGAAACCAUGAAUCCAUCUUAAACCCUACAUCUCUCCGUCCUUCCUUCCCCUGCCAUUACAUCGCAGGAAGAAGCUUCUAGUCCUUUUCAUUCUUUUCUUUUGUUCCUUCUCUCAGACAAACAUGGCGAAGCGUUUGAUUCCAUCGUUUAAUCGCAUUUUGGUUGAGAAAAUAAUCCCUCCUUCUAAAACCAACUCGGGAAUCUUGCUUCCUGAGAAGACCCCAAAGUUGAACUCUGGAAAAGUGGUGGCAGUGGGUCCAGGAGCAAGAGACAGAGAUGGGAAACUUAUCCCAGUUAAUCUAAAGGAAGGAGAUACGGUUCUUUUGCCUGAAUAUGGAGGCACUGAAGUCAAGCUUGGAGAUAAAGAGCUGUGGAUUGGCUGCUAACUCACACAGCAAACAUCAAUGGGUAAGGUCGUCAAGCUACUUGCGCCUGUCUGAUCUGAUCGUUUUUAGUUGUAUUUUGACCACAUCAGCUUCCUGUUAGCAAAAUUGGUAUGGGUAAAAUGCUUGACGAAAACAAAGUUCGGGUACCUAAUCUUGAAUUUUUUUCCUUUUUUUAUGGGUACUAAAUGGUGAAAAGUUGUAUAGUCAAGGAGAUAAAUCACAUAUUAACCCAAUCAACUAUUGAUAUUGUAAUCUCUGUGAUGUUUAUAUGUGGUCGAUUUUGUUUUUCUGUUGCACAUUUUAAGUUACAUUUGGCAGAACAAAAGUUAGCAUAGCCUAGAAUAUAAAACUAUUGCUAUCAAAUGGUACAAAUCAAUUGUUGAAAUUGCUUUUCGGCAUUUUUAACUUUGCAUUGUUGUCAUUGUAAAGUUGCAAUCUUUAAUGCUUACUCGCUCAUGUUUUACUCAGUUCAGUUACGAGCCUACUGCAAUGCCAAAGGUUUUUCUAAUUUUUGGUGCAAUAUGCCUUAUUUAUAACCCUAUUAUUGUUUACUUAUCUGCUGAGGAAGUGUUUUUGCAUUGAAUAGUUGAAGGUGAUGGGUCUACGUUAAGAUGUUUAACUAGCAGUAUUAGGGUCUAGUGAAGUCUUUAAAAGUUUGUUAUCAUACUUGAAGGUCAUGUUUUGUUAUCAUACUUGAAUGUCAUGAUUACUCUAGGAUAGUCGAGUAGAAUCCUUGCUAUCCUUUUCUGAGUCUGUCAACUGGAAACCUCUGGAGCAAGGUUGGUUAAGAGGUUAAUAUGGAAACAAGGUCAUUCAGCAGACUUGGCCCUCGGCAUGAGAUCAAAAUGUAUGACCUCGAUUUUUUUUAACAAACUUUACUACCCAUUGUCUUCACAAAUAGUCAGUGAUGUUGUGGUUUGUAGAGUGAACUAAAAUGUUUGAUUCUUGAAUCCCUUACAAUGUCACAAGUUUUUAGUGCAUUCGAGUCUGAUGUCUGGAUGAAGAAGAUGAGUGAGAGCAAAACUCAGUUUCUGGUUGCCAUUGACAGAUUUGGUAUAACAUGAAGGAAUCCGAUAUAGAUUUAGAAAUAUUUACAUUUAUGUCAUCAUUUGCCCUUAUUAGACUAAUGUGCUGCAUGGCAUUGGCAAGGUAUCAGGCUUCCACAAACAUGCUUAUGUUAAAUGUUAUCAAUCUGAAGUAGGCCUUCUAGAUUAUAAAACUAGAGGUUUAGAUUCUACAUUCAUCUACCUUUCAUUGGCAUCGGAUUUUGGUGUUAACAUAUUU